AUGCAACCCGAUGUGCGCCCCGGUGGCUGCACUCGGGAACGUGCAAACUGUGGCGAUUCGCGUGAUGCCAUUAGCACCACGACCUUCAAAAGCUCCAGCAAACAUUCACUUUGGAAUGACGUCAAAAUUGGCCUUGCAAAUGCUGAUGAGCCGGCCGUUUUGGAGGCGAUCUCCCGGUUGGAAGACACAGGCUUGCUGCAACAGCAAACUUUCGAAUGGAACGCCGCCGAACUGGUCAUGGAUUCACUUCAUGGAGAAUGUGGCCCAGCGGCACAAUGGGCCGUGGAGGACGUUUUGGCAAACCUGCAGUGCCGCCCCAGCAGGCAACCGGUUCGCAUCACAUGUCUUAAUGUCACCAAAUGGCGUAAAGAGCUGGCUAGUUGGAUUGCGAAUUUAAGCCCGGACCUCGCCCUCCUUCAAGAGACCCACCUUGAUGCUAAAGAUGUCAGCCUUCUUGCUGCCCAUGCUGGGAUGUUCGGGUAUGAGGUCUUUCAGUGCCCGGCUGUGGCCACGGGCAAAGGGGGCAACACCGGGGGAUUGGCAAUCUUGCACCGGAGACACCUCGAUGUGUCACAAGUCACUAGCCACCUCGUUGAAGGUAAUGGUUACCAAGCCGCCAUGUUCAGGGUAAAAGGCUUUGAUCUUUACGUUGUCAACGUGUACUUGAAAUCAGGCGAGGGAUUCCAGAGCAGCACCAAUGCCGGCAUCAUUGCAUCGCUUCUUUCCUUUGUCCGAUCCGUCAGAGGUGCCUUUGCGAUUUUGGGUGACUUUAAUGAGGACUUUGAAACCCUAAGCUCCACCCAUAUUGGGGAGGAGGCGCGUGCGGUGUGGGUCGGACCAGGCACGUCCACCUGUUCUGGCGGAGGCCAAAUUGAUUUUGGUUUAAUUUCGAAUAGCCUGGCAACUUGUGCUGCGGUGCAGCUGGACUGGAACACCCCGUCAAGGCCGCAUGCAGCUUUGCAUUGGCAGCUUGAUGUUGCCCUGUUGCAUCAAAAAAUGCCGCAACUCAAGGGUUUCAAGCCUGCGCAGCUCGAUUCACAGCCUUUUCAGCUAAGCACCGUCAGGCCAGAGGUCACCAUCUUAGAUGAGCAGGUUACCGACGAAUUGACACUUGAUUUUGCGGCUUUAAGCUGUGCUGUUGAAAUGUCCGUUUAUGGCCAGGCUCAGGGAAGAGGAGCCAACAUUCUUUUGCAUCGCGCGCCAUUGCCUGUGCAGGGCGCUCCCAAUGCUGGUUGGGGAGGUAAGGCUUCGGCUUUCUGGUGCAGAUUCUUAGGUUGGAUCAAAGCUGUGCGCAACUCGGGUUGGCAUGUGAGUGGUUUCGGGCAGCAAGCAGGAGACCAGCUCAAAGAUGUAUGGUAUGGUGAUGCGACCUCCUUACAGGAUUUUGCCAGCGCGCUUGCAAAUGCCAGUCAACAAUGCGACCCUGCGGCUCUCCUUGCAUUGGAACCUGUAGCCACCGCGCAACACAGGCAUCACACCGAGGCUUUUAAGCAGGCUAACACUAAACAAUACACCAAGUGGCUGAGUGCUGCCUUGGUAAAAGGUAUGAAGCCUUUGUACAAAUGCCUCAAAAGUACGGAAUCCCCUUGUGAUAGACCCUUUCGAAAUCUUUCAUUGCAAGAUAGAGUGUACCAAAGAUGGAAGCAGUGGCACGACAUUUGGUGCCAGCCGGUCACUACGGACCCGCAUUUGUUGGCAGAGGUCAAAGCCAGAGCUAUCGAUCAAGCCAAGCAUUUGCCGCCCAUAAAUUUUGAGAAGGCUGUAAAACUUUUCAAAAAGUUUCCAGCGAAGGCUCCUGGGGCCGACGGCUGGACAUCACAGAUGCUAAACAACUUGAGCGAAGAGGCAGUCCGGGCUGUUAUUGAUUUCAUGCACGCUUGCGAGGCUAGUGCAGAGUGGCCAGCACAGUUUGCCAUUUCCUUGAUAGCCUGCCUGCCCAAAAACACACUCCGCGAGAGGCCAAUAGCCUUGCUCCAUGUGCUUUACCGCUCAUAUGUGCGCCUCCGUUUCUCCUUGAUAAACCAGUGGCAGCAGGAGUAUGCUAAUCAAUGCCAAUGGGACCGCUCCCUGCCGGGAGGAGCCGUACUGGACGUCGCAUUGGGGAGACUGGUCCGGGGGGAGUGUACUCGGCACAACCGGUUACACAUGGUAACGCUCUUUUUAGAUUUAGAGACCUUCUUCGAUCGUUGCCGGUUCGAUGAAAUGUUCCGAACGGGACUCAAGUUGGGCUACCCGCCCAUCAUAUUACACCAGGCCUAUCUGGUUUACAGUGGAGCCAGAUAUCUACAGGCCGAAGGCACGGUCGCACCGGUCAUCAAGGCCAAUACCGGACUCCUGCCAGGAUGCCCUGCGGCACCCUCAAUAGCGAAACUCAUCAUGCCUGAUGUUGCGGCUGAGCUUAGUGUCAAACCAGGAACGUCCAACUUGGAUGUUUGGAUAGAUGAUCUUAGUCUUGAUACGGUUACCGCAGCUCCCAAGCAAACUGCUAGCAUUGCUUUGCGCUUGUUUCGAGGUCUUCGCAGUUCCCUGGAGUCCAGGGGUGCACAAGUUGCCAUCAGCAAAACUUCCUUUGUUGCCACGUCGUCUGAGGCUUGCAAGGCCUUGAAGGCAAUAUGCCAACCGGAUGAUCCGGCCAUUAAAAAUUUCGCCCGCGACCUAGGGGCCCUUGGGGUGAGCCCCAAGCGGCGCAAGUACUACCGCGCCAUUUGCAGCAAAUAUGCUGGUCGACAAAAACUAGGAUCGGUUGAUCUGACUUUUGCCUUGAAUCCUGCCAAGUGCGAAGACCCGACUUUCACCAUCAUGCGGCAGCAUAUUAGGGCUGUUUUCCGUGUCUUUAAAAAGUGGCAUCGUGAGGAUGGGCAAAAAUUCGCCAGCACUUGGAAAAGCAUAUGGAAUCACUUGUCCAAAGCAAAAGACCCUUGGAAGAGAGUCACCGGACCAAUUGCUGCCACCCAAGCGUAUUUGAUUGAGUUGGGAGUGGAAUGCUCACAGGUGCAUCUGUGGCGGCAUGCCAAAGGUAACCUUCAACUCGACUGGACCAAUUCUGAUGUCAUCCGCAGCGGCUGGGAGUGGGUGCAUAAAUUACUGCUACACCAGCAAGGGCUUCGCAUUGCCCAGCAAGAGGGUUGUGGUUCGCUCGAUCAGGGCACUGACUUCACUGUCCACCGCAAGUUGUUGAAGCGCAAACAUGUUCAGAGAGCUACCCUUAGCAAUUUGCAUGCGGUAUGGCAAGGAGCGAUGGUUUCCUCAGCCAAGCCAGGUUGGUGCACGCUGUGCCAGUGUCCGCUUUCUUUGCAACAUAAUCUUUGGGAAUGUCCGUUCAUUUGCAAGCAGUUUGAUGCCGAGGAGUUUUCCGAAUUGAAAUCCCAGUACCCUUGGCCUUCAUUGUGGUUGAGAGGCCUGCCUCCCCUUAGUGAAGUGCGGCAUCCCAAACCUGCGAGUGAGCAAUGCGGCUUGCAAGUCACGGGACUAUGGUCGACCCAGAGUACUUUGGAAGGCAGUCGAUAUGUUUUUGCUUGUGAUGCUUCUGGAGGACCAGGCGGCUCGGAUCAAAGGCUCCUCGUAACGACUUGGUCCAUAGGAGCCUAUGCCUUGGUUGAUGGGCAACCAAAGAGGGUUGCGAGUGCCACGUGCUUGGAGGCGGAGCCCCUGACAGUGCCUCAGGCCGAACAGCGAGCUCUUUUUGAGUUGAUGCAUCGUGUCACUGGCGACUUUGAUGCCACAACUGAUUGCAAAAGUGUCAAGCAAAUCUUGUGCAAGGCCAACCCACCGCAGGAAGGUGUUGUGCCAUGGGGCACGAUAUGGCACGAGCGCAGUCGCAUCCGCUUGCAUUGGGUUUCUUCACAUAAAAGUGCAGCUUACUUUGAAAAGCAGGGCUGGGAGCAGUGGAGGCGCCUCAUCAACGAGGACGUUGACAAACUCUGCGGGGAAAGGGCUUCUCAGCAUUUCUCGAUCGCGCAUGCGAAGUGGCUGAAGAAAUGUGAUUCCGUGGUGGAACAAGUCUGCUACUCCUUAGCGCGACGUGCUGGAUUCAUCAUUCGGCAGAGAAAGAGAGUGGGCAGCUCAACUUUGGAUCAGUCGGGCCCUGCGGGCUGGUGUGCUGCUUUUGCGCCCUACGAGGCUGCAUUAGCGCUACAGUGCUUGUGGCGCUAUGCCUACUCACCAGACGUCUUAAGACACGCAGACUUCAUUUCAUGGACAAGGCAGGUCGGUGGUGUGGGCACUUGGCGUGCUCAUGCGACCACCCGCUGCGCUGUGUACAGUUGGCGGUAG